AUGGCAGAACACGAGUACCGCUUCGAGGUCGUCAUGACGUGCGGCGGCUGCAGCGGCGCCGUGUCGCGCGUGCUCGGCAAGCUGGACGGCGUCUCCUCCUUUGACGUCUCGCUCGAGACACAGACCGUCGUGGUCAAGGGCACGGCGCCGUACGAGACGGUGCUGGAGAAGAUCAAGAAGACGGGCAAGGAGGUCAAGAAGGGCGAGGUGGUGGCGUGA